AUUGGUUGACAUUAUAAUGUGAUAAAUUAAUUCAUGCGUCGACAAAACAAAGAAAAAGGAAGAUAAUUCUCGCUCUACUGUAUUCACAACCACCAUCAACAGUAACUCCAGAUUAUUAUGCAGCUCCUAUUGCUCUUCUCUCUCUGGUCUUCUUCUUCUUCUUCCUCCUCCAGUUUUCUCUGCAAUCCUCACUUUCUCUCUCUCCCCAUCUCUCUAAAUGCAGCUACUUCUCUUUCAUCACUGCUGAUUCUCCGUCUUAGCUCCCAUUUCUCCAUGAAGUUCUCGCAGCUACUCCGACGAAUUGUGCUGUCGGUGAGUUUUUCGCGCCUUCGAGAAUCUUCGCUGGAUUAUCUCAAAGUUGAUUUCUUUAGGCUUCUUACAUGAUGUUAGAUUCUGGGUUCGUUUAUGUUUUCUUCCUUCUUUUGAGGCGUUGCGUAUCAUCUUGUUUUCCGAUUGUAAUUUGAAAAUUUCAAGAGGUGAAAAAGGUACGGUGGUGUUAUCUUUAAUAAGUAGCAUUGUAAAAGGAGAUGAAUUUGGGAGCUUGGGGUCAGAGAUUCAUCCAAGCAGCAGCUUCUUCUGAAUCGGAGGAUUCUGCUUUGGAUUUGGAGAGAAAUCAUCACUGCAAUCACUUGAGUCUUCCAUCAUCUUCAAGUCCAUCUCCUCUUCAGCCAUUCACACUCAACAUCCAACAUGCUGAGAGCAAUGCCCCUUACUUCUCCUGGCCUACGCUCAGCAGGCUUAACGACACUGUUGAAGACCGAGCUAACUACUUUGGUAAUCUCCAGAAAGGGGUUUUACCAGAAACUGUUGGCAGGUUGCCAUCAGGACAACAAGCCACUACUUUGCUUGAGCUCAUGACCAUCAGAGCGUUUCAUAGUAAAAUCCUGCGCCGCUUCAGCCUUGGUACUGCGGUUGGGUUUCGGAUCAGCCGUGGUGUUCUAACGAAUGUUCCAGCGAUACUUGUCUUUGUUGCUAGGAAAGUCCAUAGGCAAUGGCUAAAUCCAAUGCAGUGCCUUCCUUCUGCCCUUGAGGGUCCUGGAGGGGUAUGGUGCGAUGUAGAUGUUGUGGAAUUCCAAUACUACGGUGCUCCUGCUGCAACACCAAAGGAACAAGUUUAUAAUGAACUUGUAGAUGGUUUGAGAGGAAGUGAUCCCUGCAUUGGCUCUGGUUCUCAGGUUGCAAGCCAAGAAACAUAUGGAACCUUGGGAGCUAUAGUGAAAAGCAGAACAGGUAACCACCAGGUUGGUUUCCUUACCAAUCGGCAUGUCGCAGUUGAUUUGGAUUAUCCAAGCCAGAAAAUGUUUCAUCCUUUACCUCCAAGCCUUGGACCGGGUGUCUACCUCGGUGCAGUUGAGAGAGCAACAUCGUUUAUCACAGAUGAUCAGUGGUAUGGCAUAUUUGCUGGCACAAAUCCAGAAACGUUUGUGAGAGCGGAUGGUGCCUUUAUUCCUUUUGCAGAAGAUUUCAACACGAGCAAUGUAACUACGUUGAUAAAGGGCAUUGGUGAGAUAGGAGAUGUGCACGUUAUAGACUUGCAAUCCCCAAUUGAUAGCCUUAUUGGGAAACAAGUUGUCAAAGUUGGAAGAAGCUCUGGAUAUACCACCGGAACCAUAAUGGCUUAUGCAUUGGAAUACAACGACGAGAAAGGGAUCUGUUUCCUCACGGAUUUUCUGGUCAUUGGUGAAAACCAGCAAACUUUUGACCUUGAAGGUGACAGUGGAAGCCUAAUACUCUUAACGGGUCCAAAUGGUCAGAAGCCACGACCAGUUGGGAUCAUUUGGGGAGGAACAGCCAACCGAGGAAGACUUAAACUAAUAGCCGGUCAAGAACCCGAGAACUGGACAAGCGGAGUUGAUCUUGGUCGCCUUUUGGAUCUCUUGGAGCUUGAUCUCAUCACAUCCAACCAUGAACUUGAAGCAGCAGCAGCAGCACGAGAAGAAAGAAACACUUCGGUUACAGCCCUUGAUUCAACCGUUAGCCAGUCAUCCCCGCCUGACCCGGUUCCAUCAGGAGACAAACAAGAUGAGAGCUUUGAGCCAUUUAUUCCGCCUGAGUUCCAUAUAGAAGAAGCAAUCAAACCAACACUUGAAGUUGAGGAACAUAUCUUCAUUGCUCCUAUAUCGGUUAACGAGUCUACUUCCGCCAUUAAAGGGCAAGAGAUACCCAAAUUGGAUAAUCUCAUGGCUUUAAAGAACAGUUCCGAAGAAGAGGUUAACAUAUCGUUGCAUCUAGGUGAGCCCAAACUAAAGAAGCCAAAGUUUUUUUAGCUGAACCAGGAAAUUGAUCUCUUAUACCAGUUUCCGGGUUUAGAUUGGUUUGAUGGCGAUUUGAUUAAACCCCCGAAAUUUUAUGUCGUAGUUGUGCAUAGUAUUAUUAUUCUUUGCGGACAAUAGACGUAUCGGGACCAAGUUCUGUAGCAAAAUUGUAUAAGCUUAAGUUUGAUGAAAUUUAAAGGUAAUCACUAAAACCCAAAUGGGACAAUAAACCGGUGAAGAUUUAGAGUUUUUAAU